AUGGGUGUUCCAAAAUUCUUUCGAUGGGUAGCGGAGCGCUACCCCUCAGUGAUCACCCCAUUUCGUGAUUUUCCACCUCCAGUUGAUAAUCUGUACCUGGAUAUGAAUGGUAUUAUUCACAACUGCACACAUCCCAAUGAUGCGGAUGCCACACACAAAGCGCCCACGGAGAAGGCUAUGGUCGAGGCCAUGUUUUCGUACUUGGAAAAACUUUUCAAUGCGAUUCAGCCCCGAAAGUGCUUCUUCCUUGCCGUUGAUGGCGUGGCCCCACGAGCCAAGAUGAACCAGCAACGGCAGCGGCGUUACCGCAGUGGGUACGAAAUGAUGGUUGCACGGGAGGAGGCUUUAUCUCGCGGCGAGGAACUUCCCGAGGAAGCUGAUGUGUUUGACAGUAACUGCAUUACCCCGGGAACGGACUUCAUGGUGCGCAUAAGUGAACAUUUUCAAUACUUUAUCAUGAUGAAGAUGUCGACGGACCCUGCGUGGCAAAACUGUAGCGUUAUCUACUCGGGCCAUGACCACCCCGGUGAGGGUGAGCAUAAAAUUGUUGAAUUUAUCCGUCGGAGGAAGAUGCAGCCGGACUACGGUCCGAACGAAACGCACUGCAUGUACGGACUUGAUGCAGAUCUCGUCAUGCUAGCGCUCGCUACUCACGAGCCUCAUUUUGUGCUGUUGCGUGAGGUGGUGACCUUUGGGUUUGGCCAGGAAUCGCGGCGGGCACGUGAACAGCGUGAGCAGGACGAAUCAGACGGCAUUGUGGCUGACAAGUCUUAUCAGAAGCCUGACGAGUUUGUUUUGUUUCAUGUGAAUGUCUUGCGUGAUUAUCUCGACCUUGAGGUUCGCGAGAGGCUUGGUGACAAGCUCCCGACCAACUACGACCUAGAGCGAGUUGUAGACGACUUCGUGCUCAUGUGCUUUUUUAUCGGUAAUGAUUUUCUACCGAGUAUCCCAACGCUUGGUAUCCACGAUGGAAGUUUGGUGCAAAUGCUUGACCUUUACGCGCAGCGGGUGCUGUUGGCCCACACGUACCUAACCGACAUGGGACGCAUUGACUGGCGAGCCGUGGAGGGGUGGCUGCAGGGGCUUGCCGACCUAGAAUUCACCACAAUUAAAGCUCGAGAGGCGCAGGAACAGGAGUAUCAGCGAAGAAUGGCACAACAAUGUGGCGAACACCGGGCUGCCACAAUAUCAACGUCGACUGUGGAGUCGUUAAGGGAGUACAAAGACCGUUACUACCGAGACAAGCAUCAGUUUGCCAUGGGGUGGGAUCCACAAGGGGAAGAUAUGGCCAAACUAAGACUACACUACAUUGAGGGCAUCAUGUGGGUUAUUGGCUACUACUACCAGGGGCCGCCAUCGUGGAAGUGGUACUUUCCACACCACUACGCGCCAAUGGCCAGCGAUCUGGUUAAUCUUCCCGCUGUGGCGGCUUGUGUUAAAUUUGAUCCCGGUAAACCUUUUCUUCCCCACCAACAGUUGCUCGCGGUUUUGCCGCCUAUGUCGUACCGCUCUAUGCCCCGUGCCUAUUGGCCGUUACUACGAAGCAAAAACAGUCCUCUGGCCAGGUAUUUUCCAGAAAAGCUUCAAAUCGAUCGAGAGGGCACACGCGCACCCUGGGAGGGUGUAGUGUUGAUUCCCUUCAUCGAAGAACGGACGUUGCUUGCCGCGUAUGAAACCGUGCAAGAUCGAGUAACGCCGGAGGAACGUAAGAACAACCGCCUAGGUCUACCAACCCUCUAUGCCUACGAUCCCACUAUUGAAGCCUACGAGGUGCCAAACUCGUUAUUUGGGCCCCUGAGAAGAACCACCGUUCGCCGUGACGCUUUCGACUUCCCCCCCUUGACAAAGUUUAUUCCGCGGCUCUGCACAGGCGUGUGCACUGGUGAGCAACAGUUUGAAGGGUUCACGACACUUCGGUCGAAGUGGCGUUACAUCACCCCACAACGUGAGAGCGGUGUUGUGACUAUCUUCGGCAUGCCCGCACGCGGUGAGAGCUUGCUCCUAGGGUUGAAGGACAGCUUCAACGCUAUUGCCGCCCAUGAGGUCGCAACGCUUGUUGGGCAGGAAGUUCUUGUUGGAUUCCCGCACUACCGCCGCGCACGUGUGGUAGCGGUUAGCGACAAACGUGUGCACAUCAGCGCCAAUAUAAAUCUAGAGGGUGUUUCGUGUGGUGCCAACGUACGGGAACUAAACCGGGACGCUUCAAUGAAUAUAGCGAAGGAAUUGGAAACACAUCGACAGUGUAUGCGGGAGAAGCUCGGAAUGUCUGUAAGCAACCUGACAGUACUCGUGUAUGUUAACCUUUUUACUGGAAUGCGCAUGACCCGAAAGGGGCGUGUGGUGCGCAACUUUUCCAAGGACCAAACAUGCUAUGCAUUGCCCCUUGUAGCGCGCUUGCAAGACGUGAAAUUAACGGAAGACUCUCGCUACGUUGAGAGGGAUCGUGUGGAAUGGGAUAACCGCUUUGGUUCCAGAGUCAUACUGGUUGGAGCUGAGCCAAAAAGUAUGAAGGGGAAGGAUCAGCAGCUAUAUGGUAGUUCUGGUGUUGUGGUUAGAUCCAGCCCUGAUGCUGAGGGGACGUUUACUGUCGCUGCACGGGUGUUUCAAAAGCCAGUUUCUAUUCCGCACGUGCUGCUUGACUAUGCUUCGUCUCGCAAUUGGGUAUCAAUGCCAGAUGUGAGCAAUGAGGUCCGUGUUGGUCCCUUGGCUCUAAAGCAUCUUGUAGGUUCUGUACGCACAUCCCCUCAGUACGGUUGCCGUGAGAUUGGGCUCGGCCUCAUUUACACGCGGAAUAACCUCGUUCGCAUCGGUUACGCGAAACAAACGGUGCGUGGUGGCAAAGCAUGGGGAGCCCCCGGUGGCAGGUUGGGUGCGGGGCUGGAAAAUAGUGACGAUGCAUUUGGCAGGCCAGUCCAAGAUGCUGCGCCGGCGGGUCACUACUUGGAAAGCCUGCAAAAGGGCGAGUCUCGUCCCCGAUCUUCCCGUCCCAUGCAGUACAUGACAUGGUUCUCGCGGAAAGCCGUUGUCUUAAUCAAAACGUACGUGGAGAGGUUCAAACCACUUGUUGACCGACUGGAAAGCAUUGCCUCUUCACCCCAAGCUCUGGAUCCCCCGCAGUUCAUGACGGGCGAGUGGGCUGAUAACGACGUGGACGACGUUCUUCGUUCGAUCGAAGAGUUUAUCGAAUCGUGUGGCAUACAAAGCGUCCCCCUUGUUGCUGCCCAAGAUGACGCUUUUCCACGAGAACACGUGCGAAUGUUGGAAGAAGAGCUGGACCGUCAAGGGCCACGGCCGUUGGAGGACAGAAUGCUGAGCUCGGUGGCGCGGCGGUGUCUCUACUUUCCUGUCACAAGAUGUGCUGGUGGACACAUUUCCCAAUUACCUCUUCCCCAGGAGCAGACAGUUCACCUUGGCUCCCGCGUUGUGAACUGCCGUGCCUGUGGUGCAGCACCUUUCGGUGCAACUGGUACCGUUGUUCGUUUGCUAUCAACUGGCCACGACGCGGAAGUUGUGUAUGAUGACCCUUUCGUUGGUGGAAGUUACUUUGACGGCAGGCUGCGUCAGCCUCGUGGUUCGAUAUCGAAAUUGUCAACACUCCUCGUUUUGAAUAAACCUUCGGGUGACGAAUCUGAGUCGUCACAAGGACAAAAUGGGUCCGUUGUCCAAAAUUUAAAGAGUAUCUGCAAGAAGUUGCAGCAAAAGGAGGACGAUCACGAUCAACAACAGCAACAUGGGCGUGGGGUGGGAAUUCCAUCCACGGAAGGUACCCCAAGCAUCCCGAAGCCACGUAGCGCCAUGGGGGAGACAAGUGCUUCUGGUAUCGCAGCUGGACGGAACGUCGUGUCACCUUCAUCUCUAACGGUAAGUGGUGGUUCUGGCGGCAUUCAAGUAGCAGAACUUAUGGGGAAAUUGGCAUCGUCGAAGGCGACUUCACCAGAUGCAGGGCUGAAUAUUUGUGGUGCAACAUAUGCUCCAACUGUCGCUAGCAAUAAACUGCCGGUGGCUCCUCGCUCAGUAACCACCACGGCAGCCCCCGGCUCCGGGACCUUCUCCGUUCCACUACCGCGUACAAGUGGCAACGCAAACAGGACAAACAGCGGCGAUGGCGAAGGUGAUAAAGGUUGCAGGAAGCCUGGUUUCUCUUUUACUGUUCCGUCGGAGGUUUUGAACGGUGAAUUCCAAAUUCGCCCUGGUGAAGGGGCUUUGCUUCUGAAGCGCAUGAUUUCUCAGCAUUUAUCAGGAGACAGGAAACGAUGA